AUGUUUUUUAGCUCAAUGCUAGUAACCGUAAUAACAGUACCUGUCAUUAUAAUACAAAGUUUUUCUUGUCGUCAGUUAUGUAUUAAAUUUUUAUGUCAAUUAGAAGGUUUUUGUUCGGUGAUUAAUGCGGUUUCCAUCGUUUAUCAUCUUGCACUAAUGAGUGUUGUCAGAUAUUUAACACUAACAGACAAUCGAUAUUUUACUAUCCUAUUUAAACAUCAUGGAUUGUAUGCUGUUUUAUUCUGUUGGACGAUGGCCUUAGUUUGGGCAAUAUUACCAUUAUUUGGUAUAAAUCAAUAUGUUCCAGAAGGUAUGGGUUUACAUUGUAGUCCAGAUUGGAAUGAUUCAUCAUGGCGUAGUCGUACUUAUUUUUUAAUCGGAACAAUAUUUAUUUACUUAUUACCACUAGUAACAAUUAUUUGUAUGAAUAUGACUACAUACCGAACUCUUUAUCGUUUAAUACAAAGUGUUAAUACCAGCACCAAAGCAUCUGAAUUUUCUACAAAAUUAAUUUAUUCAAAUAAUAAUAAUGUAAAAGACAAUAAAUAUAAAAAUGUCUUACGUCUAUGCCGUCUACGUGUCGAUAAACGUCUCGCAUUAGCUGGUAUCAUCGUUAUUACUGUUUUCAUUCUUACUUGGACAUCAUAUUCGAUAUUUUCUCUCAUCAAGUUGAUCUAUGGUACAAUUAAACCGUAUGAUAAUUCUAAGACGCUUACAAUCUGUUCACUUUUAUGUAAAAUGUCUCUACUUCUUAAUCCAUUGAUUUACAUAUUCACAAUUAGAACAAGUAGACUAUUGCCAAAAUUUUGUUUAAAAUAA